AUGGACGUCAGUGGCGACAUUGAGCCGGGUCUUGGGGCAGGAGAUGCCCUUCUGGGUGCCACUGCCAAUCUGCCGCCGCCCACACCUCCAGAGCGACCCCAGCGAGAGCGAAGAAAGCCGCGCUGGAUGAAAGAUUUUUUAGUUGAUUACCUAUCUCCAACUCUUAGUCAACUCUCCAAGACAGCACUAGAACCACUAGAAAAAUUUCAGAAUAAGGUAAUGCGCUGCAUUCUAGGAUGCCCAAUGUCCACUAGGAUUGCUAACAUGCAGCAGGAACUUCAUCUCCUUCCUCUUGUGGAACGAAUAUAUGCCAAUGUAACAUUCUUUACUGUUAAAUGUCUCCACUCUUCCAGUCUCGCUCCACAUUAUGCUGACCUUAUUAAUGUGUCACUUGACCCCAAUGCUCGUCCCCCACAACUCCGACCAGGUGGCUGUGCUCUCAUAAGGAAUGUUUGCCGAGACCUUAGAAGAUUGGAUAUUAAUGUCCCCCAAGAGGAAGUUGACCAUGGUCCUCCCCCGUGGCAGAUUCCUCCUGUAGAAGUUUCCUACACACCCACCUGUAGGAGGGACCUACCCUGCCAACAGAAGCAACUAGCCCUCGAGGCCAUUAACAAGGUAAGGUCUUCCAUCCCUGCCUCUCACACCCUCUACGUUGACGGUUCUUUACAAGUGGAUGGAGCUGCAGGCUGUGCUGUCUUCUCUCCUACUAUGGAACCACCAUAUGGGGGAUGGACUGGACGUCGUCUGCAGGACUGGUCAAGUUCUACCUCCUGUGAACUGCAUGGGCUUCUAGAUGCUGUUAGCCUACUUCUACGGACUAGAAGCAAUGGACUAGUUAUUUGUGACUCACAGUCUGCCCUUCGUGCCCUCUCCUCCCCAAAGCCUGAAGCCCGUAGCCUAGUCAAUCGCAUAGUGCGCCACCUAGUCACAGCCAUUGGACAUGCACUUGUCAUACAUUUCCUAUGGAUUCCCUCGCAUGUUGGGGUUACAGCGAAUGAUGAUGUAGAUCGUCUUGCCAAAGCUGCCUGUAGGCUAGCCCUACCUGCGGCUGACGCCUCGCCAGCAACCCUCUCUCACUACAAGCGGAGGAUACGUGCUUCUGCUCGCUUGUCAAUCACCCGACGCAGGAGCGCCGAGCGGCCAGCGAGCGUAAGCAUCCAGCACUACGACUACUUUGCCUCUCACCCCUACAAAUACCGACGCCGCGGUCUGUUGGUAAGAAGACACAAUGUGGUCGCUGCCCGGCUCCGCUUAGGCUACAGACCAGUGUGGCAGGUGGGUGAGACAGAGGACGUGCCCCAGUACACAUCGUGUAAGUUGUGUGAUGCACACAAUGCGAACCACCUACAGCAUUACUGCCUUGAGUGUCCAGAGGUAGCUGAUCUCAUAUCGAAGAGAGACUCUGUUUCUGACGUCUGCAAGUACUUAUUAGCAGAGGACAAUCUAGAUGUAAUACUUUUGCAAUACCCAUAUUUUGGUGGCUGUUAA